AUUCAUUAUUCAUCGCAGAGUUUACCGGUUUUCCAGAUUUUGUGCUGGCCAGCCUGUAAGACUUAUAAGUAGCCAUCAUGGCGGAGACGCCAGCGACUGAAGAACCAGCGACUCAGUCGAUUGCAGAAACAACGAAUUUCGUUGAGUAUAUGCGGAGGAUCGUUCCUGUUCUGCUUGAAGAUGAAGAUCCCGAGCUGAAAGCUCUGGCUGCUGCGGUUACAGACAAGAAUCAACUCGAAUCGAUCAAAAAAUUUCUAAGUGAUCCGCAGGUCACUGCUCUUUUGGUUCAACGAAAUUCUACAAAAGAUGAAGAAGUACAAGAAGGAGGAGGAGAAGGAGACGGUACAUCGUCGUAUUUUGUCACCUCAGAAGUUCAUUUCUCUAAUUCCAAAAUGUCCAGUGUUGUGUUCAUCAAGAGAGGACAAGUUGUGGAAGCAGAUAAAAGUUUUCCUUCUCAGUUACGGAUAAUGAACUUCAGUGAAGGUUCUCCGUACGAAACCCUGCAUGCUUAUGUUAGUAACGCAGUAGCUCCUUUCUUCAAGUCUUACAUCAGAGAGACUGGAAAGGCUGAAAGGGAUGGUGACAAAAUGGCGCCGACUGUGGAGAAGAAGAUAGCCGAGUUAGAAAUGGGUUUAUUACAUCUUCAACAAAAUAUUGAUAUACCAGAAAUAACUCUACCGGUUAAUCCUACCGUAUCUCAAGUCAUCAAAAAAUGUGGGGAUGAAAAUCGUAAACCAAAAGUAGAAGAUUUUGGAGACAAAGUGGAAGAUGCUCAAUUCCUCAACAAUCUUCAAAGUGGAGUCAACAGAUGGAUUAGAGAGAUACAAAAGGUUACUAAACUAGAUCGUGAUCCAGCUUCAGGUACUGCUCUACAGGAGAUUAGUUUCUGGUUGAAUCUAGAGAGAGCCUUGUUACGUAUACAAGAAAAACGUGAAAGUAUUGAAGUAGUUUUGACACUAGAUAUUUUGAAACAUGGUAAACGUUUCCAUGCCACUGUCAGUUUUGAUACUGAUACAGGUUUGAAACAAGCUAUGGCUACAGUUAAUGACUAUAAUCAACUAAUGAAAGACUUUCCUAUCAAUGACCUACUAUCAGCUACAGAAUUAGAUAAAAUAAGACUAGCUUUACAAGCUAUAUUCUUACAUCUACGUAAAAUCAGACCUACUAAAUACCCUAUACAGAGAGCACUUAGAUUAGUAGAAGCUAUAUCUAGAGAUUUAAGUUCACAACUCCUGAAGGUAUUGGGUACAAGAAGAUUGAUGCAUAUUCCAUAUGAUGAAUUUGAGAAGGUGAUGUCCGCAUGUUUUGAUGUAUUUGGUGCCUGGGAUGAUGAAUAUGAUAAACUUCAAGCUAUGUUACGUGAUUUAGUAAAGAAGAAGAGAGAAGAACAUCUACGAAUGGUAUGGCGUGUUAACCCAGCUCAUAAACGUCUACAAGCUAGACUUGAUCACAUGAGAAAAUUCCGACGUCAACAUGAACAAUUACGUCAGGUUAUUAUGCGUGUAUUGAGACCAUCAACUGGAGGCAGAGCAGGAACACCAAUGGGAGAAGAUGUUGAACCUAUAAAAGGUGAACCGGUUGUGGAUGAAGCAGCAGACGCUAAUGCCAUUGAGGAAGUAAAUUUAGCAUAUGAGAAUGUAAAAGAAGUUGAUGUAUUAGAAGUUACUAAAGAAGGUUCUGAUUCAUGGGAAGCUGCCAUAAAAAGGUAUGAUGAAAGAAUUGACAGAGUAGAAACUAGAAUUACAGCCAGGUUAAGAGAUCAACUUGGAACUGCCAGGAAUGCCAAUGAGAUGUUCCGAAUCUUUUCUAGAUUCAAUGCCUUGUUUGUACGACCUCACAUCCGAGGCGCUAUUCGUGAAUAUCAGACUCAGUUGAUACAGAGAGUCAAAGAUGAUAUAGAAUCUCUCCAUGAAAAAUUUAAGGUUCAGUAUGCUCAGAGUAAAUCAUGUCGAAUGAGUAAAGUAAGAGAUUUACCACCUGUUUCAGGCUCUAUUAUCUGGGCUAGACAAAUUGAGAGACAGUUAAAUGCUUAUAUGAGAAGAGUAGAAGAUGUAUUGGGAAAAGGAUGGGAAAGUCAUGUUGAAGGUCAGAAACUGAAAAAUGAUGGAGAUAGUUUCCGUAUGAAACUCAAUACACAGGAAUUGUUUGAUGAUUGGACAAGAAAGGUUCAGAAUCGUCAGUUGAAUGUGACUGGAAGGAUAUUUGUUAUAAACACCGUUCGUGUUCCUAACAAAGGAAAUAUUUUAAAACUUUCCACAAACUUUCAACCCGAGAUUAUUCAGUUGGCAAAGGAGGUCAGAAAUCUAAGGUGGCUUGGUUUCCGAGUACCUUUGGUAAUUGUCAACAAAGCUCAUCAGGCAAACCAACUCUAUCCAUUUGCGAUCUCAUUGAUUGAAAGUGUACAAACAUAUGAAAGUGCAUUGGAAAAGAUUGACAAUAAGAGUAACCUAUCGUUACUUGUUGCUGGAUUAAGAAAGGAAGUACAAGAGUUAAUAUCAGAGGGAUGUGGAUUAGUAUGGGAAUCGUACAAACUAGAUACAUAUGUACAAAGACUAUCAGAUGGUGUAUUUACAUUCCAAGAAAAGGUUGAUGAUUUAUUAGCUAUGGAAGAUGAGAUAGAACUAGAAGUAAAAGCUUUAGAUAUCUGUAAUUAUAAUGCCUCCACCUUUAAAGAUAUCCUCAACAAGAUACAGAAAGCUGUUGAUAAUCUCAGUCUUCAUUCAUUCUCCAAUUUACCACAGUGGGUAGCCAAGAUGGAUGAGGAGGUUGAGAGAAGGUUGGCAGCUCGUCUAGAAGCAGGAUUAAAGGCAUGGACUGUGUGCUUAUCCAGGAAAGAAGAUACUGUAGAUCAUUCUAUGGAUACAGAUGAACCUAAAACACCAGCACCUAAACCUGGUGGUGAACCACAGAUUAAGCCCUUAAUACAUGAGUUGCGAAUCACCAAUCAAGUUAUUUAUUUGAAUCCACCAAUGGAAGAUGCAAGAUUUAAUAUUCUACAAGAAUUAUUUGCAUGGGAAGCUGUUAUUACUGGACUACCACGUAUACAACAUUCUAGAUAUAAGGUGCAAGGCUUAGAUGUGGAUUCAGAAGCGGAUAUGACCUACAGAAAUGUAUUAACUAAAUUACCAAGUGGUUCUAGUGUAUUAGAAGAUGCUUACAGUGCUAUUAGUAAAACUGUCACAGAAUUGAAGGAAUAUGUUAACGUAUGGUUACGCUAUCAGUCUCUAUGGGAUUUAAAUCCUGAUGUUCUGUAUGGCCGUAUGGGUGUCAAUCUUAAACUAUGGAUGAACACAUUAGAAGAAAUAAAAUCUUCGAGAAAGACAUUUGAUACAUCUGAAACCCAGAAAGAAAUAGGACCAGUAAUUGUACAGUUCUCUAAGGUUCAAUCUAAAGUAUCACUGAAAUAUGAUUCAUGGCAUAAAGAAGUACUCAGUAAAUUUGGUUCUAUGUUGGGUAAUGAAAUGACUGAAUUCCAUGCUCAAGUUUCUAAGUCUCGAAGUGAUUUAGAACAACAAUCAUUAGAUACAGCAAAUACAUCAGAAGCUGUUGGUCUUAUUACACACGUGCAAUCAUUGAAACGAAAAAUGAACACUUGGGAAAAACAAGUUGAUAUGUAUAAAGAAGGACAACGUAUUCUAGAACGACAACGUUUCCAGUUUCCUAGUAACUGGUUAUAUAUAGAUAAUGUGGAUGGAGAGUGGGGUGCCUUUACAGAUAUAAUGAAACGUAAAGAUUCAUCUAUACAGACACAAGUAGCUAGUUUACAGAUGAAGAUUGUAUCUGAGGAUAAGAUUGUUGAAACUAAAACAACUGAUAUGUUAGUAGACUGGGAGAAAGAUAAACCUGUUGAUGGUGAUCUGAGACCAGAUAGUGCAUUGAAAGCUAUUACAAUAUUUGAAGGCAAAUUUAGUAGAUUAAAGGAAGAAAGAGAUAAUAUAGCCAAGGCUAAAGAAGCUUUAGAAUUAGCUGAACCAGGUCAUACAAGUCCCAGCCAAGAAAGAGUAGGUGUGGCUCUAGAGGAAUUACAGGAUCUUAAAGGUGUAUGGAGUGAGCUUAGUAAAGUUUGGGAACUCAUUGAUGAACUUAAAGAGAAGCCAUGGCUAUCUGUAGCACCAAGAAAGCUCCGACAAUCUUUAGAUUCGUUAUUGAAUCAGUUGAAAGAACUGCCAGCCAGAUUACGUGGUUAUGCUUCCUAUGAACAUGUAAAAAGAUGUCUUCAAGGUUACGCCAAGGUUAAUGUUCUUAUUGUGGAAUUGAAAUCUGAAGCAUUAAAAGAAAGACAUUGGAAACAGUUGAUGAAGAGACUGAAUGUCAACUGGGUAUUAUCAGAGUUAACUUUAGGUCAUGUAUGGGAUAUAGAUCUACAGAGACAUGAACCGGUCAUCAGAGAUGUUAUCAGUGUCGCACAGGGUGAAAUGGCCUUGGAAGAAUUCUUGAAACAAGUGAGUGAGGUAUGGAGAAGUUAUGAAUUAGAAUUGAUCAACUAUCAGAAUAGAUGUCGUCUUAUUCGAGGUUGGGAUGAUUUAUUUACCAAAGUGAAAGAACAUCUGAACAGUGUUAUGGCUAUGAAGUUAUCACCAUAUUAUAAGCAAUUUGAAGAAGAUGCUCUAGCAUGGGAAGAUAAAUUAAAUCGUAUUAAUGCAUUAUUUGAUGUAUGGAUUGAUGUACAGAGACGUUGGGUAUAUUUAGAGGGUAUAUUUACUGGCAGUGCUGACAUUAAGCAUCUCUUACCUAUAGAAACCUCCAGAUUCCAAGGAGUUAGCACAGAAUUUUUAGGAUUGAUGAAAAGAGUAGCAAAGUCACCAUUAGUCAUAGAUGUUCUCAAUAUACAAAACAGUCAGCGACAACUAGAAAGAUUGGCUGAUUUACUGGGUAAAAUACAAAAGGCUCUAGGAGAAUAUCUAGAAAGAGAAAGAUCCUCAUUCCCCAGAUUUUAUUUUGUGGGAGAUGAAGAUUUAUUGGAGAUUAUUGGUAAUAGUAAAAAUAUACCACGAUUACAGAAACAUUUUAAAAAGAUGUUUGCUGGUGUAUCAUCUAUAGUAUUAACAGAAGAUGAUUCUCAUGUAACUGGUCUGAUGUCAAAAGAAGGAGAAUCGGUUGAAUUUGCGUCGCCAGUAUCUAUAGCUGCACAUCCUAAGAUUAAUGACUGGUUAACUCUAGUAGAGAAGGAAAUGAGAGUUACCUUGGCUAAACUCUUGGCGUCUGCAGUUCAUGAUAUGGCAGGAUUCAAAGCAGGAAAAAUUGAACCAGCCCAGUAUUUAGAAUGGGUGGAUAAAUAUCAGUCACAACUGAUUGUACUAGCAGCUCAGAUCUUGUGGUCAGAAAGUUCUGAUGCUGCAUUGUCAACAAUAGGUGCUCAAACCGGUAAUAAAGAUCUUGCACCAAUGAAUGCUGUAUUAGCUAGUGUAGAAUCAACUCUAAAUAUCCUGGCUGAUUCCGUUCUACUAGAGCAACCUGCUGUACGCAGAAAGAAACUUGAAAGCUUGAUCACUGAAUUAGUCCAUCAACGUGAUGUAACACGUAUGUUGAUCAAGAAUAAAAUCGACAAUGUCAAGUCAUUUGAUUGGUUAUGCCAGAUGAGAUUCUACUUUGACCCUAAAAACCAUGAUGUCUUGCAACAACUUUCCAUACAGAUGGCUAAUGCUAAGUUUAAUUAUGGGUUUGAGUAUUUAGGUGUACAGGAUAAAUUAGUACAGACACCAUUGACAGACAGAUGUUAUUUAACUAUGACACAAGCUCUAGAAGCUCGACUUGGAGGAUCACCAUUUGGACCUGCUGGUACUGGUAAGACCGAGUCUGUAAAAGCCUUGGGUAACCAGUUGGGAAGAUUUGUUCUUGUUUUCAACUGUGAUGAAACAUUUGAUUUCCAGGCUAUGGGUCGUAUUUUUGUUGGUCUAUGUCAAGUAGGAGCGUGGGGUUGUUUUGAUGAGUUUAAUCGUUUAGAAGAAAGAAUGUUAUCAGCUGUUUCACAACAAAUACAGACUAUACAAGAAGCUCUUAAAGAUCUCGCUGGUCAAGAUAAAAAAGGUCAAUUUAUAUCUGUUGAAUUGAUUGGUAAGCAAGUCAAAGUCAACGCAGAUAUGGCUAUAUUUAUUACUAUGAAUCCUGGUUAUGCUGGACGAUCUAAUUUACCAGAUAAUUUGAAACAAUUGUUCCGUAACUUGGCCAUGACAAAACCAAACAGACAGCUUAUCUCACAGGUCAUGUUGUACUCUCAAGGUUUCCGUCAAGCUGAAAAGCUAGCCAGCAAAAUUGUACCAUUCUUCAAAUUGUGUGAUGAACAGUUAUCACCACAGUCACAUUAUGAUUUUGGUUUGAGAGCAUUAAAGAGUGUAUUAGUCAGCGCUGGUAAUGUUAAACGUGAAAAGAUACGUACAGUAAAAGAAGAUUUAAUAGAAAGCGGUGAACCAGUAGAUGAAGGCUCUAUUGCUGAAAACCUUCCUGAACAAGAGAUUUUAAUACAGAGUGUGAUGGAGACUAUGGUACCAAAACUAGUGGCAGAAGAUAUUCCUCUAUUACAUAGUUUAUUGUCCGAUGUAUUCCCUGGUGUUAAGUAUUCUGCUGCUGAAAUGAAAUUGCUACGUCAAGAGAUCCGUAAAGUGUGUAAAGAAAUGUAUUUGUGUUAUGGAGAAGGAGAUGAUGUUGGAACAUCGUGGGUUGAAAAGGUGUUACAAUUAUAUCAGAUAACUAAUUUACAUCAUGGCUUAAUGAUGGUUGGCCCUAGUGGUAGUGGUAAAUCAACAGCAUGGAAAGUGUUAUUAAAGGCCCUUGAAAGAGUUGAAGGUAUUGAGGGUGUGGCUCAUGUUAUUGAUCCAAAGUCUAUAUCAAAAGAGAUUCUGUAUGGUAAUUUAGAUCCUAAUACCAGAGAAUGGACAGAUGGUCUCUUUACACAUAUACUCAGAAAGAUUAUUGAUAAUGUUCGAGGUGAAUUGAGUAAAAGACAAUGGAUUAUAUUUGAUGGUGAUGUUGAUCCGGAAUGGGUAGAGAAUUUGAACUCUGUAUUAGAUGAUAAUAAACUACUCACAUUACCUAAUGGUGAACGAUUGGGUAUACCACCCAAUGUGCGAAUAAUGUUUGAGGUACAAGAUUUACGAUAUGCCACACUAGCUACUGUCAGUCGAUGUGGUAUGGUAUGGUUCAGUGAAGAUGUACUAUCCACAGAUAUGAUAUUUGAAAACUUCUUAGAACAGUUACGUCAUGUACAUGUUGAAGAAAUGGAAGAGGAAUUUGCAGCCAAGGAAGAAUUAGAAUCACCAUCUAUAGCUGUUCAAAGAGAUGCUGCAACCAUAUUUCAACCUUUCUUCACAUCAGAUGGUCUAGUUAUUAGAAGUAUGGAGUUUGCUGUCAAUUUAGAUCAUGUAAUGGAUUUUACCCGUCUCCGAGCUCUCAAUUCUCUCUUCUCUAUGUUAAACCAGGGUGUGAGAAAUGUUCUAGCUUACAAUAAUAAUCAUGCUGAUUUCCCUAUACAGCAAGAUCAAUUGGAACGUUAUUUAACCAAGUAUUUAAUAUACAGUAUAGUAUGGUCUAUGUCUGGUGAUGGUAGAAUUAAAAUGAGACAAGAAUUAGGUGAAUUUAUUCGUGGUAUAACUACUGUACCAUUACCUCCAACUACCAAUGCUUCUAUUAUAGAUUUUGAGGUGGCUAUAUCUGGGGAAUGGUCACCAUGGCAAUCUAAAGUACCACAAGUUGAAGUAGAAACACAUAAAGUAGCUUCACCUGAUGUGGUUAUACCUACUAUAGAUACAGUACGACAUGAAAGUUUAUUAUAUACAUGGUUAGCUGAACAUAAACCUAUAUUACUAUGUGGACCACCUGGUUCUGGUAAAACUAUGACAUUAUUCAGUGCUCUGAGAGCCCUUCCAGACAUGGAGGUUGUUGGUUUGAAUUUCUCCAGUGCAACAAACCCAGAAUUAUUAUUGAAAACAUUUGAUCAUUAUUGUGAAUAUCGUCGUACACCAAAUGGAAUGGUUCUCUCCCCUGUUCAACUGAACAAAUGGCUGGUACUCUUCUGUGAUGAAAUCAAUUUACCAGAUAUGGACAAAUAUGGGACCCAGAGAGUUAUUUCAUUCUUACGUCAAAUGAUGGAACAUGGUGGAUUCUACAGACCAUCUGAUCAGAUGUGGAUUAAAUUUGAAAGAUUACAGUUUGUUGGUGCUUGUAAUCCUCCUACUGAUCCGGGUAGAAAACCACUCUCUCAUAGAUUUUUACGACAUGUACCAGUAGUAUAUGUAGAUUAUCCUGGUGAAACAUCACUUAAACAGAUUUACGGAACAUUUAACCGUGCCAUGUUACGUCUGGUACCUAGCCUUAAACCGUAUGCUGAUCCUCUUACAAACGCCAUGGUUCAAUUCUUCCUUAUGUCACAGGAAAGAUUUACACAAGAUAUGCAACCCCACUAUGUCUACAGUCCUCGUGAGUUAACUCGAUGGGUACGAGGUAUUUGUGAAUAUUUACGACCAUUAGAAAACCUAAGUGUAGAUGGUUUAGUCAGGAUCUGGGCUCACGAAGCUCUACGAUUAUUCCAGGACAGAUUAAUAGAAGAUGAAGAAAGGUUCUGGACAGAUAAAAAUAUAGAUGCUGUAGCCAUGCAACAUUUCCCUAAUCUAAACCGUGAUGAUGGUCUAGUGAGACCUAUAUUAUUCUCUAAAUGGUUAUCUAAAGAUUAUAUGCCUGUUGGUCGAGAAGAUCUUAGAGAAUAUACUAAAGCCAGACUUAAGGUAUUCUAUGAAGAAGAAUUGGAUGUACCUUUAGUAUUGUUCGAUGAAGUAUUAGAUCAUGUUCUACGUAUAGAUCGUAUAUUCCGGCAACCACAAGGUCAUCUUCUAUUGAUUGGGGUCAGUGGUGCAGGAAAGACAACUCUGUCUAGAUUUGUAGCAUGGAUGAAUGGGUUAACUGUAUAUCAGAUUAAAGUACAUAACAAAUAUACUGGUUUAGAAUUUGAUGAAGAUCUAAGAACUGUACUGAGAAGAUCAGGCUGUAAGGGAGAGAAGAUCUGUUUCAUAAUGGAUGAGUCAAAUGUAUUAGAUUCUGGUUUUCUUGAGAGAAUGAAUACUCUUUUAGCUAAUGGUGAAGUACCAGGUUUAUUUGAAGGAGAUGAAUAUAGUACAUUGAUGACACAGUGUAAGGAAGGAGCACAGAGAGAAGGUUUAAUGUUAGAUUCUGGUGAAGAAUUAUAUAAAUGGUUCACACAACAGGUUAUGAGAAAUCUUCAUGUUGUAUUUACAAUGAAUCCAUCAUCUGAAGGUUUAAAAGAUAGAGCAUCUACAUCACCUGCUCUCUUUAACAGAUGUGUAUUGAAUUGGUUUGGAGAUUGGUCCAAUGGAGCUUUAUUCCAAGUAGGAAAAGAAUUUACCAACAAAGUUGACUUGGAGAAGGGAAAUUACAUAGCACCACCAGAUUUCCCGAAAGCUUAUGAAGAUUUACCAACACCACCAGCUCAUCGUGAAGCUGUUGUUAAUGCUUACGUAUAUGUACAUCAGUCAUUACAUCAAGCCAAUCAACGUGUAGGUAGACGAGGUGGUCGUGUUAUGGCAAUCACACCAAGACAUUACCUGGAUUUUAUUAAUCAUUUUGCCAAGUUAUACAAUGAGAAGAGGUCAGAUCUAGAAGAACAACAACUUCAUCUGAACAUAGGUUUACAGAAAAUACGUGAAACUGUAGACCAAGUAGAAGAAUUACAGAAAUCACUGUCCGUAAAACGACGAGAAUUAGAACAGAAAAAUACAGCUGCUAAUAGUAAACUACAACAGAUGGUGAAAGAUCAACAAGAAGCUGAAAAGAAGAAAGUAACAUCACAAGAGAUUCAACAAGCACUCAUUGAACAAACUAAAGUUAUUAGUGAGAAGAAAGUUAAUGUUACAGAAGAUCUAUCUAAAGUAGAGCCAGCAGUUAUAGAGGCACAAAACGCUGUCAAGUCUAUCAAGAAACAACAUUUAGUGGAAAUUCGUUCUAUGGGUAAUCCCCCACCUGUAGUGAAACUGGCCUUGGAAGGUAUAUGUUUAAUAUUGGGGGAGAAUUCUAGUGAUUGGAAAACUAUCCGUGCUGUUAUCAUGAAAGAUAACUUUAUCUCUAAUAUUGUUAAAUUGGAUACAAAUGACAUUAGUGAUGAGAUUAGAAAUAAGAUGAAAAGCAAGUAUUUAAGUAAUCCUGAUUAUAAUUAUGAGAAGAUAAAUAGAGCUAGUUUAGCUUGUGGUCCCAUGGUUAAAUGGGCUAUAGCACAAAUUCAGUAUGCAGACAUGUUGAACAGAGUGGAACCUCUACGUAAUGAAUUGAAAGCUCUAGAAAGUAAAGCUCAGGAAAAUAUACAAAAGGGUGAAGAAGUUAAUAAGCUAAUUAAUGAUUUGGAGAAAAGCAUACAGCAAUACCAAGAGGAAUAUGCUUGUCUUAUUAGUGAAGCUCAAGCCAUUAAAUCUAAUCUAGCUGCUGUUGAGGCUAAGGUAGAGAGAAGUGUAGCAUUGUUACAAAGUUUAGCUAGUGAGAAACAGAGAUGGGAAGCUGGUAGUGAAACCUUUAAAAAUCAGAUGUCAACUAUUAUUGGUGAUACAUUAUUGUCGUCAGCUUUUAUGGCGUAUGCUGGUUAUUUUGAUCAGCAGAUGAGAAAGAAUUUAUUUGGUAGCUGGUGUAGUCAUUUAACCCAUGCUAAUAUACAAUACAGACAAGAUUUAGCUAGAUCAGAGUAUCUAUCUAAUGCGGACGAGAGAUUAAGAUGGCAAGCUAAUGCUCUUCCAUCAGAUGAUCUGUGUACAGAAAAUGCCAUCAUGUUAAAACGAUUUAACAGAUAUCCACUUAUCAUUGACCCUUCAGGUCAAGCUACAGAAUUUAUCAUGAAUGAAUAUAAGGAUAGAAAAAUCACCAAAACAAGUUUCCUUGACGAUGCUUUCCGUAAAAAUUUAGAGAGUGCUUUGAGAUUUGGUAAUCCACUUUUGGUUCAGGAUGUGGAGAGUUAUGAUCCGAUAUUAAAUCCUGUAUUAAAUCGUGAAUUACGUAGAACUGGUGGUCGAGUUUUAAUAACAUUAGGUGAUCAAGAUAUUGAUUUAUCACCUUCAUUUACCAUCUUCUUAUCAACUAGAGAUCCUAAUGUUGAAUUUCCACCAGAUAUUUGUUCCCGUGUAACAUUUGUUAACUUUACCGUAACAAGAAGUAGUUUACAGAGUCAGUGUCUCAAUCAGGUAUUGAAGGCAGAGAGACCCGAUGUCGAUGAAAAGAGAUCGGAUUUACUGAAAUUACAGGGUGAAUUCCAACUUCGUUUGAGACAAUUGGAGAAAUCUCUAUUACAAGCUUUGAAUGAUGUAAAGGGUAAAAUCUUAGAUGAUGACAGUAUUCUGAGUCAUCUAGAAACAUUAAAGACAGAAGCAGCUGAAGUAGCACGUAAAGUAGAAGAAACUGAUGUAGUUAUGGCUGAAGUUGAAACAACAUCACAACAAUAUGUACCAUUAGCUCAAUCCUGUAGUUCUAUAUACUUUACAUUAUCUGGUUUACAACAGGUUCAUUUCCUAUACCAGUAUUCACUACAACUGUUCUUUGAGAUAUUCCACGCAGUACUGUCUAGUAAUCCACAGUUAAACAAUGUUAAAGAAUAUGCCUCCAGGUUAUCUAUUAUAACUACAGAUUUAUUCAAGGAAACAUACAGUCGUGUAGGACGAGGAAUGCUGUUUAAUGACAGAAUAACAUUUGCUAUACAACUCUGUCGUAUACAUCUACAGAGUACCACCAGUGAGACACCAUAUACAACAGAGUUUGCUUAUUUCCUGAGAAGUCAAGAAGGUUUAUUAACAGAUAAACCAACUGGUGUUACUGCUGGUCUAACUCAACAACAGCAAGCUGGUGUAGUACGUCUCAGUAAAUUGCCAGCAUUUAAAAACUUGCCUUCUGAAGUAAAAAACUCAUCAGCUGAACUACAAGAAUGGUUAAAGAGUGCCAAUCCUGAACAGAAUAUACCACAAUUGUGGGUAGAACCAAAACCACUGACCGAAAUUGGUAAAUCUGUAAAUGGGUUACUGGUUAUUCAAGUGUUUAGACCAGAUCGUCUGAUAGCUAUGGCUAGACUGUUUGUAGAGAAAACAUUGGGUGGUGAAUUUUUACAUGCAGCUGAAAAAGAACUAAAUAUGGGUGAUAUUGUUGAGAAUGAGAUUAAAGCGAAUACUCCAGUAUUAAUGUGUUCUGUAACUGGUUAUGAUGCUAGUGGUAGAGUUGAUGAUUUGGCUGCUGAGUUGAAUAAACAGAUAACUCCUAUUGCUAUAGGAUCUGCUGAAGGGUUUACAUUAGCUGAUAAAGUGAUCAAUUCAUCCAGUAAAUCUGGUAGAUGGGUUGUAUUAAAGAAUGUACAUCUUGCCCCUCAAUGGCUGGUACAACUAGAGAAAAAACUACAUAAUUUAACUCCCCAUCCCAGCUUCCGACUUUUCCUUACCAUGGAAAUUAAUCCAAAGUUACCAACUAAUUUAUUGAGAGCUGGUAGAGUAUUUGUAUUUGAACCACCACCAGGUGUGGCAGCUAAUUUAACACGUACAUUUAGUACUGUACCAGCUGCUAGAAUGUGUAAGGCACCAAAUGAGAGAUCCCGAUUAUAUUUCCUAUUGGCCUGGUUCCAUGCUAUUGUACAAGAAAGAAUGCGAUACAUGCCACUUGGUUGGGCGAAGAAAUAUGAAUUUACUGAGUCAGAUUUACGUGUAGCAUGUGAUAUGUUAGACACAUGGAUUGAUUCUGUUGCCAUGACUUCUGAAAAUACAAGCCGUACCAAUUUACCACCAGAGAAAGUGCCAUGGGAUGCCAUAAGAACUUUAUUAUCACAGUGUAUCUAUGGGGGUAAAAUUGAUAAUGAAUUUGACCAGCGUUUAUUGAGUACAUUUGUCAACAAGUUGUUUACACCGAAAAGUUUUGAAGGAGAGUUUGUAUUAGUUGCUAAUAUUGAUGGACAAGCUGGCAAAAAUAUCACUAUGCCUGAUGGAGUAAGACGUGAACAGUUUGUAAGUUUUGUAGACAAGAUGGAGGAUAGACAGACACCAUCAUGGUUAGGUCUACCAAAUAAUGCUGAAAAAGUUUUACUGACAACAUUAGGAAGUGAUUUAAUAGCCAAAUUAAUGAAGAUGGAAAUAUUAGAGGAAGAAGAUUCUUCAUAUGAUCCAUCUGAUGAUCAACAGAAACGUAUGGCAGACGGUCGACCAGCAUGGAUGAGAACAGUUCAUACAUCAGUUGCAACAUGGCUUAAACUUGUUCCACCUGUUAGUUCAUUACCGGCUCUAGGUGCCAUGAAGAGAACUGUUGAGAACAUCAAGGAUCCAUUGUUUCGAUUCUUUGAACGUGAAGUCAAUGCUGGAGCGAAAUUAUUACACGAUGUCCGUCUUGAUUUAAAUGAUGUAACUAAAGUUUGUCAAGGAGAAAAGAAAGCUACCAAUCAUCAUAGAACCAUGAUGGCCGAUCUUGUUAAAGGUAUUAUACCAACAACAUGGAGAAGAUAUACAGUACCAGCAGGUUUAACUGUUAUACAGUGGAUAACUGAUUUCAGUGAAAGAAUAAAACAAUUACAAGUUAUAGUACAGGCUACACAAUCUGGUGGUGCCAAGGAACUAAAGAAUAUCAACGUAUGGUUAGGUGGAUUGUUCAUACCUGAAGCCUACAUAACAGCUACAAGACAAUAUGUAGCACAAGCUAAUGGAUGGUCAUUAGAAGAACUUCAUCUUGAUGUGCGGGUCUUGGCCAAAAAAGAGGAAAUAUUGGAUGCUUGUAGUUUUGGUGUUACUGGUUUGAUGUUACAAGGGGCUGUAUGUAAAGAGAAUAAACUACAACUAUCAGCUACUAUAUCUACUGAAUUACCACUUACAUUACUCAAGUGGAUCAGAACUGAUGGUACAGAAACUAACCAAGGAAUGGUAACUCUACCUGUGUAUUUGAAUGCUACUAGAGCUCAGCUACUGUUUACAUUAGAUUUUAAGCCUGAUGCUACUAGUAAAGACCAUGGUUUCUAUGAACGUGGUGUAGCUAUUAUUUCUUCUGAUCUUAGUUAAUUCUGCAUAAUUUGACUUUGGUGUAGGAAUCUAUUUAUUUCUUUAUAUUAAUAUUGCAUACAAAUUGCACAUGAAGAUAAAUCUGUAUUCAAAAUGAAGGAUAUUUUAGUCCUCAUCCAAAUAAAAACAUAUAUAUUAAGAUUUUUAUUUCUAUAUUUAUUGAAUUUUUAAAUAUUUACCAGGUCAUAAAAUUAUCUAAUAUUUGAUUGUGUAAUAACAUGAGCUAAAUUCUGAAAUAUUGUGUUAAAAUUAAAAGUAUGAGAUCAGAAUAAUUUAAAUAUACCGGUAUUGAUGUAAAUUUUAUCAGUAUACCAAACAUUAGUGUUUGUAAAAUCUACCAUUGUCAUAUUAAAAUUCUAUUCCAGGCUUCUAUAGAAAUAAAAAUAGUUAACUAUGAA